AUGUUUGGUCUUAUCGAUACCGAAGCAGGUUCUGUAUGCAUCCCGUCAGGGCAGUCACGUCACCAAGACAGCCUGCCGUCGAAGAGAUUGCCGAAGAUUGGAUUUGUCAAGGCGGGCUAUGUCCUUUCCACUCAACUAUCAGGAGUAUGGUUCGUGUAUGCGUCUAUCACGCCCGUGAACGUGUUGGUGUCCAAGCAGGAUCUAGAUAUGGCCGGUUUUUACCCUCCAUGCCUGGGGAUGCAUUUCCUGAAGCGACUCUUCUACUCAGAGGUUACGAGCAGGUUGAGUCGUCCUUACACCCCUCAAUGGGGCUUUCGCUUCGCCGUUCCCGACCAAGACAACACUUCCUUCACUCCGAUAUACGGGGCUUUCACCCAGAGGUUAUGUGGGCAGGAUGUCGGUCAAGCUGUUGCGAGGCUAGAUCCAUGGCCUGGUCGCUUUCUACAUUCUCGUCGAGCUGUCAUCGAAAAAUUCAUCAAACGUCAUCGAGUUGAGAGUUGUAGGAAAAUCAACAUCCCCAACUCGCAGUUCAUCAUGAAUUUUAAAUUUUGA